AUGACUUUCAAUUCGAUCUUGUGCACUCAGUGGCCGGAAGGAGCGAAGGCAUUUGCAUUUGCAGAUGAUGCUACAUUCAUCGUCAGAGGACACAGCAGGCACGUUCUCGAAGCCCGCUGCAAUGACGUUAUCUCGCAGUUUGACAUGCUCUGCAACCAAAAGAAGCUACGAAUCUCGGAGCUCAAGUCGAAAUAUAUAAUAUUCCAUAAACCUGGCCAGACACUCCUUCGCAAUCCAUGUAUUAACCUUAGACAAAAGAGAGUAAAACGAGUGAAAGAACUAAAGCUUCUCGGCUUAUUAAUCGAUGAAAAACUCUCCUGGCUCCCUCAUUUGCGAGCUCAACGCAUUAAAGCUCAUAGAAUAGCCUCCCGAAUAAAGGGCAUGCAAGGCUCAGACUGGGGGCUCCGGCCCCACAUCCUAAAGAUAAUAUACAGCACAGUGGUAGAAAAAAUACUUAUCUAUGGAGCGGCCAUAUGGGCACUUCCAAUGACUACAAGGAAGCAACAAAUUUUGAACAGCGUUCAACGCCCAUUUGUUUUGGCCAUCACGAGGGCCUACAGGACCACAGCGACUGCAGCAGCCACAGUGCUGGCUGGACUUAUUCCACUGCACAUACGGGCCCAAAUGGAAGCGGUCAUCGCAAAAGUUACUCUCCUUAAGCAACCUGCUCAAUACCAGAACCUCCAUUUCUCACCGGAGGACUUUGAGAGCAAUCUACAAGUUGCGGAAGUACACCCGGCCCUUUUCUGCAAGAAUGUCCAUGCUUAUACAACGAUGCUUGAAGACAACAACGAUCACUCUAAUGCCCUUAAGAUUUAUACAGAUGGCUCCCAGGUGAAUGGAACGACAGGCUGUAGCUAUACCAUCAAACGAAAUGGAAGCACCUUAAGGUCUUGGAAAGGCUUUCUGGGCGCAGGCAACUCGGUCUUUCAGGCGGAAGCCGAAGCCAUACGCCAGGCAAUCCUAGCAGCGAGUCAAUUUAGCUACUCCACCGCAGAAAUACACACCGACAGCCUGUCAGCAAUUCAUGCAAUUCGGAAUCCUUUUCACAGGUCGCCCAUCAUAGGGCGCAUUCAGCAAACCCUGCACCAGUACGAAGGACGCAUCCUCAUCUUCUGGAUUAAAGCACACGCUGGACACCAGGGGAAUGAGGAGGCAGAUUUACUAGCCAAAGAAGCCGCGAGCAAUCUCGAUGCGGAACAACUGGCAAUAAAAUUACCAAAAUCCUAUGUAAAGAAGGCUGUUCUAAACGCCGCACUCAAGCAAUGGCAGGAAGAGUGGAAUUCUAUUCCGCAAGGAAGAAGGACCUACGAAUUCGCUCACAAAGUCAGCCUUGAGAGACAGAUAUCUCAGCCACACAUCACCAGAUUUAUAACGGGUCAUGGUCCAUUCCCCGAUUAUUUUCUAGAGCGAAGAAUAACAAACACCAACAUCUGUGUGUGUGGCCAGCCAGGUAGCCCGGACCAUUAUGUCACCUUCUGCCCACUAACACGAGAGUGGCACAUGCCGUUUUACAACACAGAUCCAGCCUAUAAAAGAUUCUUCAUUCGCCAACCAGCGGUACUUAAAAAACUCAAAAGUAUUAUGGACAGACUGCAAGCAUUAGGCCAGGACUUGUGUGAUUCGGCUUAA